AUGAAUGGUGGUGCCAUAUUUGCCAACUCAUCGUCUCUAAACCUCCAAAAUGUCCAAUUCUUGAACAAUGUUGCCGAGUUUGGUUCUUCCAUCUAUGCCACCUCCUCCAAGCUUACCUGUUCCAACUGUAUGUUUACUGGAAACAAGGCUUUACGAUCAGGUGCUCUCUACCUUGUAUCGUCCACCGCAAUGAUGACUUCUACCUCAAUUAAGUGUAACUCCAACAAUGAUAUUGUUCUUUUUUUCUCCAGCUCGGUGUUCAAGUACUCAAAUAUCUCAUCCGCCUCUAUCUCCUGUGAUGAUAGUGUUGCCUACACUUCACAAUCCGGUCAACUGUCGGGCUCCAAGAUGUCAUCUCUAUGUGGCAACGAUGCUGUGUGCACCUCGCCUCCCUCUGUCUUCAACCCAAGCACCCACUUUGCCAGUUGGGAAAAGAGUAACUCACCCUCAAUGACCUGCAACAAUGACUCUGUCUGUGAGUCUGAUGUUGAGACUUGUCUUUCUUGCCCCUCCGAUUGCAAAUGUAAAUUCUCCGGUUCCAAGUUGUCAGUGUACACCAACUGCCCUCCUUCAUCUCCGGCCAAUCAAUCAUGCCCUCUACCUACCUACCCGUUACCAAUGGAAAGCUUUGAUAUUCCAAAUUUAUACACAACCGAAACUAGUUAUGGCAACAUAUUUGGUUACUUUGCGGUAGAUAUUAGUGGAGAGUAUCAAAUUGAUUUUGAGCAGAAAUUCCUUGGUAUCAAUGUAAUGCUCAACGGCAAGCCUGUGGUAACCUCCAUGGCCAUCCAGAGCCACUCGUUGAAUUCUGUUACUACUCGCCUACGCUCCACCAAUUUGAACACUUUGAACAUCUCCUUCAUUACACCACCAUCCAAGUCCUAUGGAUCUCUCAAAGUAGUACUGUCUGGUGGAGACAAGUUAACUUCCAAAGUCAUUGAUCUCAAAUCAUUCUUUUCCAACAAUUACGCAAUCCAGUUUGAUAACUAUGAAGUCCUUUGCAAAGUUGAGACUGGUGGCACCCCUCUUGCAUAUUGUGGAGACAAUGUCUGUAGUGAGGUUCCAGAGGAUUGUGUGGAGGACUGUUAUGAUCAGCUUGGAUACAAGUGUAGCCACCAAGUUCCUCCUUUCAAUGUCCAGAUCCCCGACCGUGACACCAUCUCCUACUUGAUCACCCAGCAACAACCAUUCUCCUUACCCGGCCUAAUUCAUAUGUCCCAUGGUGUUGGACUUCUAACCGGUGAUGAACUCCCAGCCCCCAUAUUUGACCAAGGGUACUGUAGCAACCUCACUUACUCAAUCAUCCAAGACUUCAAUAGAGGAGUACUCUACAUGAUCCCGCCAGAGUACAAUGCCGAGUUGUCACCAAGUUGUUCCUACAACUCUGUCACUUCCACCUACUCUAACUCUUAUGACUACCAGACCGAGAUGUCCGACGAGUCAUCUAUGAGUGUUGGCUUUGGCGCCAAUGGAGGGUAUGGUGGAUGGGGAGGCUCUGCCUCUGCUGCCUACAGUCAAAGCAAAUCUGUGGCCGUAGCCAACCAGAUCCAGGGUUCCAAGUCGGGCCAGUUUUACUCGACCAAGGUGAAGUGCUUAACCUCAUCCGUUACUCGAAACAACUUCCAUUUCAGCACCAAGUUCCUUAAAGAGUUAUCAGCGGCACAAGAUGACAAGGCAAUGGAGAAAGUAAUUGGUAAAUAUGGUGCUUUCUACUACUUGAGCGCAACAUUGGGAGGUUCCCUUGAGGUCCUUGUGUUUGCCGACUCCUCAACAUCGUUCUUCAAGAAGUCCGUAUCUCUCACCCACAGUGCCUCAAUCCAGGCUGCCAUGCAGUUCUCCACACCAUACGGUGGUGGUGGAGCAUCAUUCUCUGGAAGCCAGGAUAGCACCUCUGACGAAGACACCCAGAAAUCCUUCACAACAAACACAACCCAUAGUGAGGUGUUGGUGAAGGGUGGGGAUCCAGGAUCAUUCGGGCCUGACUUCAACUCCCAUUCUUCAUUUGGUUCAUGGUCACAGAGUGUGGACUUGAGACCAGUUCCAAUCAACUUCAAACUUGACCUUAUUGGAAACAUCAUCCCCAGGGCUUGGAGAACCAGCAACGGAAAAAGGAUCAGUGAUUUGUGGGCAGAGGGAUUCCAACUAUAUGUCAAGAACGCCAAUGUCACCAGAUCACCCAUUGUCAAUCAGGGAGUCUACUUCAACUUCCUUACCCUCUCCAAUCAGACCAGAGGCCAACAGAACUUGAAUAUCAGCAUCAUCUUGAACAACGUUGUGGAUGGUUCAUCCUUGCUCUACAACAUCACUGUUGACAAUGUUGGUUGUGAUGAAGGUGGCUGCCAACAAAAGUUGAGGUUCGAACUACCCACCGAGCGAUGGGAGGUUGGAUCGAUCCAAAUUGUGUAUUACAAUGAGACGGUCAAGGCAUACCUUCCAUUCAACUCAUCAAACUAUUUUGAUGAGUUGAAUAUCCUGUUUGUCGCACACCAGUAUUCUCGCAUCUACCUAUUCUUCCCUUCCCCAGUCGCCGCCCCUACCCAAGUCAACUCCAACGUGUCGAUACCAAUUCCAGCUGGAUGGGUUGACCCCCCUCCCACACUGAACACCACAAUUGGACCGAACUCAGUGACAGUAGUUCAGACUACAUUAACAUCGUCAAAUGCAACUGGCACAGUUAUCAUCACAAACAUCACUUCCAUUACCACCUAUGAGAUUGCCUCCCUCUCCCCGACCUAUCCAACACCAGGCACAACCAUAAUCACCAUGACAACCAAAGUGCCCACUACCAUCCAAUCACCUUCAUCAUUCUUUGCUAUCCCGGUUGGCCUACUAGGUGUCAAUACGAUCGAGACAACCUACAACAAGAGCAAUGCCAAGCUGAUCGGCUCUCAAUAUUACAUCAACACUCAUCGUAUUGUGGAGAACCAACUCUUCAUUGGAAGCAUCCAGGACUUUGACUUGGUUGUUCCAACGGAGGACUCUGGAAUCAUGAUUGUGGACGAUGUGUUCAUCAUGAUUGUGUGUCCCAACGAUCCUCUUGACCCAAUGUUCCAGCUGUGUGUCGAUCCUGAUCUGGACGGACAGACCUCACUCGGAUACAUGAAAGUGACCACUGCCUCGUACCUCAAAGACGUCAUGGACAAUGGACAACCAAAGAAGGAUGGCUUUUUCUUUACUAUAUCUCCUGAGUUGAUAAGAUAA